AGGCAGCAUUUUAAAACUUCAUAAACAGAAACGAAACGCAUCAAAACUUUGACAGAAACAAACAAAAUUUGCUGGAAAUGAACGAAAUAAAUAUAAGAUGAACAAGUACUUCAACACGGAGAUCCUGCAAUCGCUGGUGGCCCUGGUGCCCGUCGAUAAUCAGGAUCUGGACAAGGAUCGUCGCCUGGCCAUGGACGUGGUGGCUCGCUACGUGCUGUAUGUCUCCUCCAAUCCCAGUGCGGAACUUCAUCCGCGGAAAGUGAAAAAGAAUCUGCGGAAUCUUUUCGGAAAGAAGGCGACGUCGCAUGGAUGCGUGGUGAGAAUUCGUGAGGAAAAGUUCUCGGUUCCGAAGCUGAAUAUCACCAAGAUGGCGGAGCCGAAGAGCUUGGAGCAGGAGAAUACAAACGAGAAGCCCCCAGAUACGAUCUCCACGAGCAUCAUCGAUCUGGAUAAACGGGCCAGGGGCGGUCGCAACAUCACCUUUGAUCCCAAGAUCAUAUUUGAGACUGAGUGCCGGUCCAACUGGACGGAGAAGAGUAUAGAUUGCAUUGAAGUACUGCAUUACAAUUCCAAGUUCAUUUGCAGCUCCUGCUCCCCCAGGCUGCUGGAGAUGUAUAAGGAGAAGGAGAAGCAAGUGGAUCUUAUGGAUCCCAGCUCCGUGACGAGCCAGCUAUCGAUCCAGCGGACGAGUUCCGAGUCGAGCCGGGAGGAUGAUUGGAACAACCUUCAGUUGACGGGGGAAACUCUACAGCAGAUGUACCAUCUGAUGGUUCACUUGAUGCAGCGCUGGAAUGGAUGCCACCGACUGGAAGGGGCGGGCUCCUACCUAGACAGGUUAAGAAAUUCCGACUGGGAAGUAAUAAAAUGGCUUUGCCAAAACAACUUUGUCGGCGACUGCGUGAUUACGACUUCCAUUGAGUCGGUGAGCCAUCCCACCACCCAUUCAAGUCACGUGGAGAAAUUCCGGAAUGGCCUGGGCCACUGCCUGCGUAUCGUUGGUCAGUUCUUUUCCACCGGGGCGGAGGAGGAGGAGGAGCAGGACCGGGAACACUAUGGUCCACUAGUUUUGGGACCCGCCAUCGAUGAGUGCAUAGCGUUCCUAGUGGACCGCGUCAUGAUCGCCAUCAAAUGGGCAAUGCAUAAGAAGGUGCGGCCAUCUGACAAUGCAGAGGAGCCGGAGCAGUUGCUAUCCUUGCCAAAUGGACACAGGAGCACAGGAGAAGAGGAGCAGCAGCAGCUGAGGAACGCCCCAAGCACUUCCUGUACCUCCACCCACUCUUUGACCCGCAUGGAAAUCUCCGUAAACACGCAAUGCCCUCGACCCAUGUACCUGAUAACCCAGAGAAAGAACCCGCAGUGUUGAUGCGAUGUGGCUUCACAUCCUUGUGGCCAAAAAUUUUAAGUAAAAGGACUUUCAGAGCGCUUCUGUUUCUAAAU